AUGACUCUACAUCUGGUGAAGAAUGUUCACAAUGGAAUUCAGUUGCCUCCUGAUGUGCAUACAGUUGCUAUGGUAACAGGAGAUUAUCUAUAUUAUCACUAUAGAUGUGAUGGAUUUGAUGAUCGGGGCUGGGGAUGUGGUUACAGAACUCUACAGACUUUAUGUUCUUGGGUGAGAAUAAAGCAAUUAAAAAUGGGAAAAGAGAGUAGAAAAGAACCAACAAAUCAAGAAAUUCAAGAAGCUCUUGUGACAAUGCAGGAUAAACCAGCUGAAUUUCUUGGAUCCAAGCAGUGGAUUGGUGCCUUUGAAGUCUGCCUCUGUUUGGACUAUUUCUAUGAUGUAUCCAGUAAGAUCAUACAUGUGACAAGUGGAGAUGACAUUGAGAGUAAAAUUCCUGAGUUGUUCAAUCAUUUCAAGAAUAUAGGAUCACCAAUUAUGAUGGGUGGUGAUACUGAUACAUCUUCUAAAGGUGUUCUAGGAAUUUGUCAAUCUCUGGAUAAAACAUAUCUACUUACACUGGAUCCACAUUUUUAUGGUAACCCAAAUAUCAGCAUACUACAAGAUGAACUCUGGGUUAAAUGGAGACCAUUGGAAAGUUUCAUGACAGAAUCAUUUUAUAAUUUAUGUCUACCACAGUUUGUAGAUAGCUGA